ACACCGAUCGAGCCCAGGGGCUGCAGCACUCACAGAGGCGUUUCACAUCGCCGUCCAUGACAUUCCUGUGUUCCUGUGCAUACGGGACUCUGCUGCCUUCGGAGGUUGUGCAUCAUGAGGAAGCUUCCUUCUGUUCUGGCUAGGACAAUCACUUCUGGGACCAGUGCCUCCCCAGGGCUUCCUGACAUGUCUGAAGGACAGUCCCCCAUUCAUGUGAAUAAUGUGCGGAGCAAAUUGAGGGAUAUAGUGGGAGCAUCUACCAACUGGAGGGAUCAUGUGCAAGCCAUGCAAGAAAGAAAAGCUCUCCAUACUUUACUGGCAAAAAGGCAGGAAGAUCUCCCUCCUAGGAGAAUGAAGGAUAGCUACUUGGAAGUUAUUCUGCCUCUAGGAAGUCAGCCUGAAAUAAGAGAAAAAUACCUGAAUGUAUACAACAGUGUAAGGUUUGGAAGGAUACUUGAAGAUCUUGACAGUUUAGGAGUUCUUAUCUGCUACACUCACACCAAGCAGGAAAGGCAGCAAAGGUCUCCUUUGUCCAUAGUUACAGCUCUGGUGGAUAAAAUCAAUUUGUGCCAGAAGAUUAUACGUCCAGACUGUGACAUCAAAUUCACAGGCAAUGUUUCUUGGGUUGGGAAGACCUCCAUGGAAGUGAGGAUGCACAUGCUGCAGCAACAUGAUGGGGAUUACAGCCCUGUGUUAGAUGCAACCUUUGUCAUGGUGGCCCGCGACCCAGAGAACAAACGGCCAGCAUUUGUUAAUCCACUCAUUCCUGAGAGUCCUGAGGAGGAAGAAAUCUUCAAGCAAGGGGAAUUGAACAAGUUGAAGAGGAUUGAAUUCAGCACUGCUUCCUUGCUGAAAAUGGCUCCCACUGCAGAAGAAAGAAACAUUGUGCAUGACAUAUUCCUUAACACACUGGACACAAGGACAGUGAGUUUCCGGAGUCGUAAAUUACCACCCAAUUCAGUGUGGAUGGAAGAUGCCAAACUAAAAGGCCUGCAGAUUUGCCAUCCUGAGGAACGGAACAUCUUCAAUAGGAUCUUUGGGGGUUUUCUCAUGAGAAAGGCAUUUGAACUGGGAUGGGCAACUGCUUGCAGCUAUGGGGGUUCCAGACCCUUUAUUGUAUCUGUUGAUGAUAUCAUGUUUCAGAAGCCAGUAGAAGUUGGAUCCUUAUUACUGCUUUCUGGACAGGUCUGUUACACAGAAAAAAACUACAUCCAAAUUCGAGUACACAGUGAAGUUUACAAUGCAAAUACCAAGGAGCACCAUACUACCAAUAUUUUCCACUUUACGUUUAUAUCAGAAAAUGAGGUCCCACAAGUUGUACCUAAGACAUAUGGAGAGUCCAUGUUGUAUUUAGAUGGGAAGCGCCACUUUACUGCAGUCAUGAAAGAAAUCUGACAGGCACUGGGUGCUGCAGCAGCAGGGCAGCAGCAUGCUGCCUUGGCAAGAGCUGUCACUAGAGGUGGCUAAUGGACAGGUGCUUGUAAUACUCAAAAAAAACCCAACAACCCCUCAAAACCAAACCAACCAAACCCAAACUCCACACCAAAACCUGCCUUUUCAGUACUCUUCAUGUAUUUGCAUAUAUCUGGAUUUUUUAUUCUUUACCACUAGAAUUUGCUGAAAUAUUUUACAUGCAAAUGAUAGGAAAAGAGGCUGAAAAGAUGCAGUCUUAGGCUUUGGAUAGACUCUCUUUGUCUGCUUUGAGAAAUCUCAUUGCAGUCUUGGCUGUCUUGUCACCAUCUGCUGCCUUUCCCUUAGUAGCUCUCCUUUGUGUUUCCCUGAUAAGGGAGGGAAGUUCUGUCAGAAAAAGGUGUGCAAUAAGUAGAUACACACAGGUGAAGCAAUUUGACCUCCAUUCUUGUGUAAAUUAGGUUAAGGAUCAUAAUUCUUUUUUGGUCAAGGACACAUCUAAGCAGCAGCAGAGGGGCAGAAGUCAGUAGUGUGUGCACAAUGGAAAACAGGUGUUUCCCAUCACUGGGGAUUUUACAAGUUAUUGCAGCUUCUGUUUGGAUGGUUUUCAUGUUCCCUUGGGAGGAAACUGAUUUUUGCAAUGAAAUGAAGUGGCUAGAUGGUAUUUUCUGGCACUCUGUUUGUGUCCUUGCCAACCUCUUCUAAUUUUUUUGUUUGUUUGUUUUAAUAUAUAACUGUGAGUUCCUUAGUGAAUUAUUUCUCACGGCUUGGAGACUAGAGGUCUGACUGGUGGGACUGGGAAAUGGCCUUGUAGAACAGAACAUUUUUGUUUGUUAAGGACUGGGAACAAAAAAGAUAAAAUGCUGCCCGAAUGGUAAUGGUGAUGUUUGGUGCUGCAGUUAGGGCUCCUGAGAAUCUGUGUUGAGCAGCUCCCAGGUCAGCUGCUGAAUGAUGAGAUCUUUAUCCCACUGAAGAGUGGUACAGCUAGAGGACAGUCUCCUCCUUAGCUGGAUUAUUUAUCUGUUCCCUUGGACUGAAGUGCAGUAUGAAUAUUGCACAGCUCUAAAUGUUGUCCAGUUUACCUGUGAAGGACAGAGAACUUCCCCAAUACAGAGGGGACACCAUGGUGGUCAUAUCUAUGGCAAAUACAUAACAGGAACAGAGUACUUGGUACUGAAGUGUUUGUGGUGUAAUGGAGAAAGUUUUAAUAAUAUCCAAUUUCUGGCACUUAAAGCCCAAUUUCUUGAAAUCAGGAGACUGAGUGGAUGGGAGGUGUCGACUUUUAGCAGUAUGUCACAAGCAUGAAACUGGUUUUCAGUACCUUCUCAUCAAGACUGAUCAGAACACCCAAAGAGGAGUUGUGCUCAGGGGUUAAACAGAAAUGUCAUGUCUUAAAAUACACGAGAAUGGAUUCUGGCUUCCCUGUGAGGUUUAAAAUGUUUUGAAAAGAGGAUGCAGCAAGUAGUGAUUAUGUCAAUCAGCACAGAUGCAUGAACCACAUUGAUAAAAUUAAGUAGCACGUUGAGCUUUUCUGUCUGAGUAAGAAAGCCUGACACAGUCACAAUUAGGAGCAUUUCCUUUGGUGCUAGGAUGGCAUGAAGUUCAUGAGCUCUAGCAGCUCUUUGCUAUUCCUGUGAGGAAUUGUUAAUUGAGCAUUGUAAUAAUCAGCUUGUUACACAUCAGCCUUUCCUUUUUGAGAUUCAGUUGCUGCAUUGAGUAAGUUAGAUUGCUUUCCAGAGUAGGUACAGGGGUGUGGCCUGAUCCAAAACAGAUUCUUGCAUUGUUCUGAUGGUAAACUCUUGGUUCUUUCCAUAGAGUUUCUCUCUUUAGCCACACUCCAGUGCUGACCCAGCUCUAUGACAUUAAAAUCUUUAAUGGUUAUGAUGCUGUCAGAUAAAUUGUAUUUGCUGGGUUUUACCUUUUUCAAACUGACUCUAUUAGACUGACCACAUGAAUAAAGAACUGAAAUAGUAUUUCAUCUUCUUCCCCCUUGUUGCAGGGAUCAAUGUUAACUGUUAAAAAAUAGAUCCUUCCAUUUCCUGCCUUCCUAUUUAUUUCAGAACUAUGUUCUACUCCUGAGUACCUGCAGGUUUUUAUCACUGACCCAGUGAUCCUACCUGGAUCACUUUUUUAUAACACACAUAAGUUAAGGGGAUACAAAUUCAUCCUCCACUGACUUUUCAGCUGCAUUUAAAGAUAAAUUUAUCAUAAUUUCUAAAUUCAGCCUUUGGGAAGGGGUUGGAGAGAAGGAGAGGUAAUAGAGUAUGGAGGAAGGUGUGACAUCAGAACCUCUGGAUGCAGUGAAGAAAAUGAAUGCCACAAAUGAAGAUGUGUAGAAGAAUUUAUACGUUCUCAAAAUUCAUGAUAACUUAAUCACAUACCACAGUGACAGUAGUUUCAGAAUGUAUAUGAAGCCAUACAGAAAAUGUGUGUAUGUGUGCAUAUGCACAUAUGUAAAAGAUAAAUGCUUUGUGUUUAUUGCUAUAUAUAUGUACUCAUGUAUUUUUUACCUCGAGAUGGUGACUCCAAGCUGUCACCCUCUCUGGUAUCUUUGUUCAAAGGUAUGCAUGCUGCUUUGUGCCUUUGUGUGUAUGGGAGAAAAAUGUUCUCUGAUCGCACAUUUAGAAUUAAAAUAUUUCAACAUAGUAAUUCAUGUUGGGUUUAUGUUGCAACUUUUAUCCAGCCUGUAGGUGACUAACCAUUACCACAGAAGCCUAAAGAAAUUGCUAGAAAAUAUUUUUAUUUAUAGUAAGCUUAACUAUAUAAUUAAUUGACUAUGGCUCAGUAGCAGGAAGCAAAUGUCUGUGCCCAUUGUUUCUCGGAAUACAGUGAGGAGGAGCAGGAUUGCCUCCCCUUACCCUUUCACUUAAUAGUGAUAUAAAAGGAGAUUUCUGUGGGACUGGCUGAACUCAGUGCCCAAAGGAGUGCCUUGUUUCAAAUGUUUUUAUUUUUCUGUGGUUAAAAAAGUACUAAAAUCAUUCAAACUUCAUGUAACAGCAUCUGGUAGCCCUUUUUCAAAUAGGGACCAUUCCCAUCAGAUUUUGCAGCCAUGUCACAUUGUACAGCACUCUGGAAAGAAGUUUGCAGGAACUGGUGCAAUGUGGGCCACAGAGCAACAGUUUUAGUUCAGAAACCUGCUCUAAACUCUGCAUGCUCAAUUGGUUUUACUGCACAUUCAGUCCAGCCUUUGGUGACACUGGUUUGAUUGCUGAUCCUGCUCUGAAUGCAUUCCUAACUAGGCACGGGAGAGAUCAUUUCUGCAUGGGCUAGGCACAAGCCAACAGGAAAAUAAAAGGGUAAAUACUCAGCUUUCAUGAAAGAGAAAUUGGGGACUCCUUUUGUGGAGGAUGUAGUUGGAUGACCAGAGCUGCACAGAAAAUACACUGGAGCACUUCUCUGCCAGCAGAGAUCCUCAGCCCUGCAGGGCUCCUGUCCAUGAGGCUGGAGGCACUGCUGGGCAUUGGCAGGUUGGAAAAUACCUGUAAGAUAAACAUUGAGUCCCACUGUAAACCUAAUACCAGUACAGGCUCCCAGCAAUGUGGUGGUUAUUUUUUGGAUAUACUUGAGUUUGCAGAGGGAGAGGUUUCUGUGGGCAAGGGAUGGGCAUAACCUAGGACAGUUGCAGAGGGCUACAUCAGCAAAUAACAUCAAAAAUCUGUACCAUUAUUAUUAUCUGAAUUGAUGCUUCUUCAAUACUUCUGGAAGUGAUAUCCAGGUCUCAGCUAGAUCCACCCUGCUUGGAGAGGUGGCUUUCAUCUGCAGACCUCACCACCAUACAUAGCUUAACAGCUGAGGGGGCAGUAGAAGGGUGUGGGAUGUUUGCCCAAAAUAGCAGAGGAAGUUGAAGACUAUGUCUCAUUAUUAGUCAUUACUUGCCUUGCAGGAGCAUUUUUUGCUUUUUCUGUAGAAGACAAGCUCACAAUGGCAUCUGCAUUUUAUGUACUUCCAAGAGAGGUCCCUGAAUAUAUCCUGGGGUUUGGGAAAGCAGAGAUGUAUGACAAUUAAGUUUUGCACUAUUUGAAACAUCACUUUGAGUACUGGAAGAACAGAGUGCUCUGUCAUUUGUUAAUUUCAAAUAUGUACAAUCACAUGGCAACUCAAAUCUUUGCUUAAGGACUACUUCCCUAUUUCCCUAAUACUUUUCAUCCCCAUUGAACUGCAUUAAAAAAACCCAAAAAACAACCCUAUGCCAUCCCUUACCACAUGUUUAAACUGUAAAUGUGCAUUUAUAAAAACCUUGAAAGUUUACUCAGCUACGCUGCUGUGACUUCAAUUAAACUUGCAAUGGUCAAAGCA